CUGAAGCAUCCACACCAUCAUCUUCAUCAUGAUCAUUUUGAUUCAAAUGAUCGCUCAUUUCUAUCAAUUCUAACUGACCCGAUUGUCAGUUUAUUCCGUUCAAUUCCAAUCGAAAUCCUCGAUCAAAACGAGGAACUCAGUCCGAGUCAAAAGGAUUUCCUAGCUGAUUUUGUGGAAAUUCGAAUUGAAUGUAAGGAGGACGAUCCGACGGAAUUACUCCAAUUUGAUGGGCAACUUAUUUCCACAGUUGUCGUUGAUGUUCUCAGUGAUGUGCUAGACAAAGUGGAGGAAAUGGAACAAGAUGAAUCUUUCAAAAAUGUUGAAAUUCCUCAAAUAAUUGUGGAAGAAACUACAUCAUUUCCAUGCAUUGACAUCGUUGUUCAAUCAUUCGACAAACUUCAAGACAUCCCAGUCGAGCUCACUGAUUCAGGAUUAUUCUCUGAUAUUGAUGAAGAUGAUUCUUCUGAUUUUGGAAUCGACGAAGCAAUCCCACUGGAAAUCUUCGAGCCUAUUGAAGAAGUCUCAGCUACUACAAGCUGCUCAUUCAUCAGAUCUCAAUCAUCUGCUCGCUGCAAAAUUAUUCUACCUGAUAAUUCAUUUGUUUGUACUCUACCUCCUAUCUCUGCUACAUUCUCGGCACCAGUUAUCACCCCAAAAAAGGUUAUAAAACGAAAAAAAUCCGUGUCAACCACCACAAAAAUGGCGGCCGAAGUUCUCCAGAACGAGCCACACUGCUUCAUCGCAUCCUCUUCCAGCAUUGAUCGUCCAUUCAAAUUACUCGUUCAGAAGGAAACAUUCCUUAUUGAUGCAGAAUCAAUGAGUCGAAUUUCACCUAUUUUCAAUGUAAUGUGUUUUGGAAAAGAUUUCGAAAAGAUGGAUUUGUCAAGAGAAAUUGUGGACGAGAAAUCGAACGACAUUGAUUGUUUCCUCAGAGCUGUACACGAUACGUCAAUGAUCAAUUCUAGCAACUUUGCUCUAGUGCUCCGUCUCUCCAACAAAUACCAAGUGGAUCCAGUCAUCGAGGCAUGCCAGAACUUCAUCAUUCGUCAGCAUUUAGAUGUACUCCGAGCUGAUGAAAUUCUCACAAUGUUGAUUGCUGCGUUCGAGCAUCACUGCAGAAAAGAAGUUGUUCAGAAACUGAUCAAAAGACUCGCUUCGGAAGGAAACAGUGUAUUCACUAAACUCAAAAUUUCGCGAUACUUGCCAGCUCAAGUAUACGGAUCGGUCAUUUCUACAUCGAUGAAUUUGAAUCAAAUCAAGGAACAUGAACAGAUGAAUGGACAUUGUCUUAAGCAGGAAAGAUCAAAAAUCCGUUGGCGUCAAUCAGUCUGCGAUGAAUGCAAGAGUGUUGCCGAGUGUGCAAAUUGUGACGAGUGCAAAAAGACGAUGUGCCGAAACCACGUGAGCAAUCUGAAGUGUUCCAGUGACUACGGUACCAAAAUGGCCGCUGAUUUGAAGAAGAAAAUUGUGGAUUUCGAAUGGCAAGACUAA